AUGCAACCGGUGAUCAGUCUGAUAGCUGACACAAAGGAGCUGUCGUGUGGCCACCCUACAUCCAGNUAUCCCGGACGUGUCGACUUCGGCCGCAACUUCACGGAGUGGGUUUUACAACUCGAAUCUAGGAUUGGUACAAGGAAAGACUGCAUCGCCCGCUCGUCCGCUCUUCAUCUCAACUCCACCAGACACGCAAACGGCUUGAGCGAAGCCGUUACCUGCGACCUUUAUUACUUCCACCCCAAACGACCAGACGAGUGUGUUUGUUUUCCCAUCUACAACGACUAUGUCACCCAAACCUCUACUACCGUCAACGGAGCCUACAAAUUUCUCGAGACGACGUCCGUCUUCUAUCCUCCAGCUCAGGUCGUGGAGAGCUGCCUGCUCGCAGCUGCCACUCAAGGUCCACCUACUGCUUGCAAUUCCCGCAGUACAGACUGUCCUCAGUCUGUUGAGGUUGUUCAUCGCGAACCAAGAGUUUUGGGAGGCUUUCCAUACUGUCCCACACCUGGCCUGGAAGCACGACAGCAUCUACCAGUUCAAACCGCAGGACCAGCGGAUCACUACGACGCUAGAACAACGGCUGAUUCAUCAUCGACAAACACUUGGGGACCGCUGCCAACCAAUUCACACUGUGAGAGGGAUCAAAAGGAGAAGUCACUGUGCAAGAACGACAUGUGUAUGUGGGGAUUUCUCAAGCCUUGGGAGUCUCCGACUGUCAGAGUGGUCACGGUUACGUCCAAUGGCGUCUCACUUUUCGCUUCCGUGACAGAAAGCAUCAAUAUCACAACACCGCACUGGGGAUUCCUCGUCCCAACCGGAAAGGAGGAAGAGAAGAAGCAAAGCAAGAAGAGCAAGAUGAGCAAGACGGGCAAGAUGACCACGACUUCGACCAAGUUCCAGAGCAAAAACCCAAGUCAUCACCCUCUCUUAGCNUCUACGCCAUUCCAAGUAUGCAAGGACGAGCUUGACUGCCGAAAAUACUGCGAUGAGAGGAUAAAGGCACCUGUGAAGCGCAUGAUGACACUGUUGAUCGGCGGUGGUGGCUUCACUGCUCUUGCAUUAUUCGGAAUGCUACUGAAGACAUACGGCCAGCGUAUUCGUUGUUGGCGAAGAGCUCGUAAAGAAGGUUAUGCAAGCACAGAAUCAGAUGCUCAGUAUCUGAUUGAUAGUCAAAGUGUGCACGGUCCAGAGCUUGUGCAGGAUCCUUCUGUUCAUCCAAGAGUCAGAGGAAAGGUGCGGUUCCAGGACGUUGGUGCUGACAGUGCCGCUGAUCUGCUCGAUGAUCCUGACCAUGCUAUCAGGGAGAUGGCUGGUCAUGAAUUUCGUUCUUAG